GUUGUCAAUUGUCAAUAGUCAGUGUGUUGUUAAUUGUCAGUACCUAGUCAGUGCUCAGACGAGAAGCAUAUUAUCGCUAAAUACCAAACGUUAUGACUUGUUAAGUUGUAACCAGUUGCACGCCGGUUUGAUGCAGAUCAGCUCCGCGACUCCAAUUCGCCCUCGCAUGUAYACAUCGAAUGAUCAGCACUGACGCCGCUAAACGUCUCCACUGACUUAAACAUUGACCCGUCGACGUUCACUCAUCAGUCAUCAAGAUAACCAUUAACAUGUUCCACUGCUCGUCUGAUCCAGCGGCCCAGCCAGCCAAUAUGUCCAACGGUACAAAUUCUAACGAGUAUGAAGUGGAAAAAAUAAUCUUCCAUCAAAUAUUAAAUAAAAAAAUUCUGUAUUUUAUUAAAUGGAAAAACUGGGGGUUGAAUGAGAAUACAUGGGAACCUGAAGAGAAUCUGGUUAAUUGUCCUAAGAUUCUGAAUGAUUACAAGGCUAAAAAUAAUUUGUUUAAAAAAGAAAAAUKAUAUAUCUCUAUUAAAAUUGUGUUUUUAAUGUUUUGAGAAA